CUUCCAGUAGACGUCUAGAGUUUAGCUAGAAGUCCUGGCUACGAUACAAACAGUGAUGGAAAACACAUGAGCAGUAACAAGUUUUAAUCUUGCUCCUCAGUACUAACAUGGACUAAUCUGUGGGAGCAGUUUAUUCCAGUAUCACCCAGGGUGCAGCCACACCAGGACUGUGUUGAAGGGUGUUUUUUUUCUUUUAAAUGUAAUACCUCCUCAUCUUUUCUUCUUACACAGUGUCUGAGAACAUUUACAUUAUAGAUAAGUAGUACAUGGUGGAUAACUUCUACUUUUAGGAGGACUACUCUCUUCUGACAGUCCUAGACUGGUCUUCUACACUAAGACACCAUGAAGGAGUAUGUGCUCCUAUUAUUCCUGGCUUUGUGCUCUGCCAAACCCUUCUUUAGCCCUUCACACAUCGCAUUGAAGAAUAUGAUGCUGAAGGAUAUGGAAGACACAGAUGAUGACGAUGAUGAUGAUGAUGAUGACGAGGACAAUUCUCUUUUUCCAACAAGAGAGCCAAGAAGCUCUUUUUUUCCAUUUGAUCUGUUUCCAAUGUGUCCAUUUGGAUGUCAGUGCUAUUCACGAGUUGUACAUUGCUCAGAUUUAGGUUUGACCUCAGUCCCAACCAACAUUCCAUUUGAUACUCGAAUGCUUGAUCUUCAAAACAAUAAAAUUAAGGAAAUCAAAGAAAAUGAUUUUAAAGGACUCACUUCACUUUAUGGUCUGAUCCUGAACAACAACAAGCUAACAAAGAUUCACCCAAAAGCCUUUCUAACCACAAAGAAGUUGCGAAGGCUAUAUCUGUCCCACAAUCAACUAAGUGAAAUACCACUUAAUCUUCCCAAAUCAUUAGCAGAACUCAGAAUUCAUGAAAAUAAAGUUAAGAAAAUACAAAAGGACACAUUCAAAGGAAUGAAUGCUUUACACGUUUUGGAAAUGAGUGCAAACCCUCUUGAUAAUAAUGGGAUAGAGCCAGGGGCAUUUGAAGGGGUGACGGUGUUCCAUAUCAGAAUUGCAGAAGCAAAACUGACCUCAGUUCCUAAAGGCUUACCACCAACUUUAUUGGAGCUUCACUUAGAUUAUAAUAAAAUUUCAACAGUGGAACUUGAGGAUUUUAAACGAUACAAAGAACUACAAAGGCUGGGCCUAGGAAACAACAAAAUCACAGAUAUCGAAAAUGGGAGUCUUGCUAACAUACCACGUGUGAGAGAAAUACAUUUGGAAAACAAUAAACUAAAAAAAAUCCCUUCAGGAUUACCAGAGUUGAAAUACCUCCAGAUAAUCUUCCUUCAUUCUAAUUCAAUUGCAAGAGUGGGAGUAAAUGACUUCUGUCCAACAGUGCCAAAGAUGAAGAAAUCUUUAUACAGUGCAAUAAGUUUAUUCAACAACCCGGUGAAAUACUGGGAAAUGCAACCUGCAACAUUUCGUUGUGUUUUGAGCAGAAUGAGUGUUCAGCUUGGGAACUUUGGAAUGUAAUAAUUAGUAAUUGGUAAUGUCCAUUUAAUAUAAGAUUCAAAAAUCCCUACAUUUGGAAUACUUGAACUCUAUUAAUAAUGGUAGUAUUAUAUAUACAAGCAAAUAUCUAUUCUCAAGUGGUGAGUCCACUGACUUAUUUUAUGACAAGAAAUUUCAACAGAAUUUUGCCAAACUAUUGAUACAUAAGGGUUGAGAGAAACAAGCAUCUAUUGCAGUUUCUUUUUGCGUACAAAUGAUCUUACAUAAAUCUCAUGCUUGACCAUUCCUUUCUUCAUAACAAAAAAGUAAGAUAUUCAGUAUUUAACACUUUGUUAUCAAGCAUAUUUUAAAAAGAACUGUACUGUAAAUGGAAUGCUUGACUUAGCAAAAUUUGUGCUCUUUCCUUUGCUGUUAGAAAAACAGAAUUAACAAAGACAGUAAUGUGAAGAGUACAUUAUACUAUUCUUAUUCUUUAGUAACUUGGGUAGUACUGUAAUAUUUUUAAUCAUCUUAAAGUAUGAUUUGAUAUAAUCUUAUUGAAAUUACCUUAUCAUGUCUUAGAGCCUGUCUUUAUGUUUAAAACUAAUUUCUUAAAAUAAAGCCUUCAGUAAAUGUUCAUUACCAACUUGAUAAAUGCUACUCAUAAGAGCUGGUUUGGCGCUAUAGCAUAUGCUUUUUUUUUUUUAAUUAUUACCUGAUUUAAAAAUCUCUGUAAAAAUGUGUAGUGUUUACAUAAAAUCUGUAACUCGCAUUUUAAUGAUCAGCUAUUAUAAGCUUUUAAUAGCAUGAAGAUUGUUAGGCUAUAUAACAUUGCCACUUCAACUCUAAGGCAUAUUUUUGAGAUAUCCCUUUGGAAGACCUUGCUUGGAAGAGCCUGGACACUAACAAUUCUACACCAAAUUGUCUCUUCAAAUACGUAUGGACUGGAUAACUCUGAGAAACACAUCUAGUAUAAUUGAAUAAGCAGAGCAUCAAAUUAAACAGACAGAAACUGAAAGCUCUACAUAAAUGCUCAGAGUUCUUUAUGUAUUUCUUAUUGGCAUUCAACUUAAGUAAAAUCAGAAAACAGGGAAAUUUUCAUUAAAAAUAUUGGUUUGAAAUAAAA